GGGCCAGGAACGGGACAGGACGGGGACAUUUCACAAUGGGGACAUUUCAUGGCUGGGCUAUAAGAGACACCGGGGUGGCACCGGCCCCGCAGCCGCCCCAGGGGACGUCGCUGAGGUGACAAGAUGAGCAAGGGCCAGCAGAGCCAGGAGAAGCUGUCGGAGCUGGAGAAGGCCAUGGACGCCAUCAUCGACGUCUUCCACCAGUACUCGCGCCGCGAGGGCGACCUGGACACCCUGACCAAGCAGGAGCUCAAGCUGCUGAUGGAGAAGCAGCUGGCCAACUACCUGAAGCACGUGAAGAGCCAGGCCACCAUCGACCAGAUCAUGAAGGACCUGGACGUCAACAAGGACGCCCAGAUCAGCUUUGGGGAGAUGAUGCUGCUGGUCACCCGUGUCACCUGUGCCACCCACGAGCACCUGCACGAGGUGGAGGACCACCAGCACCAGCACCACCACCAGCACCAGCACCACCACUGAGCUCCUCCCAGCAAUCCUGGAGCUUGGAGAAGGUUCCAGAGCUGAAUCCAGCCUUAAAAUCCUCCCUCCUCUUCCUCCUCCUCCUCCUCCUCUUCCUCCCAGCGCCGUGGCUUUGCUGCCAAAUAAAGAUUUCCAAAGCUC